GGGGGUCGCGCGGGGCCGGCCCGGCCGGACGCCCGCGAAGCUGGAGCCGGGGCGCAGGGGGCGGCGCGCGGCGCUCGGGUUCCCCCGCUCCCCAUUGGCCGCGGCGGCGGCAGGAGGGGCCGCCCCGGGCUCUCCGCACCUGGCGUAGCUGCUCCGCAGGGAGAUCGCGGCGGCCGGGCACCGGCGUGCUGAGGUCGAGGCAUCCGGAACCCAGGCCCGGGGGGGCCGCGGCCCGAGCGCCCCGCACGCCCGCCCUGCCCUCCGCGCCGCUCCGAUGAACCCGGGGCCAGCCGCGCCCCCCGGAAACUUUGCCCCGCCGAGCGCCCCCGCUCCCGCCUGAGCGCGUGAACAGACACCCGGUGGGCAGCGCGGCCCCGCGCGGGAUUGCGGGGACCCCACGGCGCCCGGCGGCCGCUGCGCCUCGGCGCGCGCGGGCGGCCGCCAGGAUGCGCUACGCCGAUCCCUCGGCCAACCGCGACCUGCUGGGGAGCCGAACUUUGCUCUUUAUCUUCAUCUGCGCCUUCGCGCUGGUGACCUUGCUGCAGCAGUUCCUGUACGGCAGGAACUACAUCAGGAGAGGCCUCGAGUUUGGCUGGCAGAGUGGCGACCCGCUGGGCAAUUGGACGGGGUUCUUUAAUGCCACCGAGGACCCAGCAGUGCAGAGCGGCAGUGACUCCAGCUCCAGGUACUUCGAGUUUUACGAGGGUCCUCUUGAAUAUAACUCCACGAGAUGUCUGGAGCUGAGGCAGGAAAUCUUGGAAGUGAAGGUGCUGUCCAUGGUGAAACAGUCGGAGCUCUUCGACAGGUGGCGGAGCCUGCAGAUGUGCAAAUGGGCCAUGAACAUCUCGGAAGCCAACCACUUCAAGUCCACGCUGUCCAGGUGCUGCAAUGCCCCAUCCUUCCUCUUCACCACACAGAAGAACACGCCCCUGGGAACGAAGCUCAAGUACGAGGUGGAUACCAGUGGCAUCUUCCACAUCAACCAGGAGAUUUUCCGCAUGUUCCCCAAGGACAUGCCGUACUACCGCUCCCAGUUUAAGAAGUGUGCCGUGGUGGGCAACGGGGGCAUCCUGAAGAGCAGCCGCUGCGGGCGGGAGAUCGACAGCGCGGACUUCGUCUUCCGAUGUAACCUGCCCCCCAUCUCAGAGAAGUACACCAUGGACGUGGGGGUCAAGACGGACGUGGUCACUGUGAACCCCAGUAUCAUCACCGAGAGGUUCCACAAGCUGGAGAAGUGGCGGCGGCCGUUCUACCGCGUGCUGCAGGUGUACGAGAACGCGUCGGUGCUGCUGCCGGCCUUCUACAACACGCGCAACACCGACGUGUCCAUCCGCGUCAAGUACGUGCUGGACGACUUCCAGGCGCCGCAGGCCGUCUACUACUUCCACCCGCAGUACCUGCUCAACGUGUCCCGCUACUGGCUGACGCUGGGCGUGCGCGCCAAGCGCAUCAGCACCGGCCUCAUCCUGGCCACCGCCGCGCUGGAGCUCUGCGAGGAGGUGCACCUCUUCGGCUUCUGGGCCUUCCCCAUGAACCCCGCGGGCCUCUACAUCACCCACCACUACUACGACAACGUCAAGCCGCGGCCCGGCUUCCACGCCAUGCCCUCGGAGAUCUUCAACUUUCUGCACCUGCACAGCCGCGGCAUCCUGCGCGUGCACACGGGCACCUGUAACUGCUGCUGAGGCCGCCCUGGCCGUGGGGGCGCGGGCGGGGGCGGGCUGAUCAUUCCCCCUCGGGCCAGGAGCGGCUGACUCUGCCCCACACCUUGAGCUCGUGUCCUGCCCACAGACGAACAUGCUGUUGGGGAUCACCCCCAACCCGGUGGUUCCCCUCUCCCCCGUUUCUGGCAAUAGCCUCGUCCCAAAGCACAUUUCCACUCCAUGUUAGCGUCUGCAAGAGCACAAACAGGAGCUGGCAAGGCCUCGAAGUGACGGGAGAAGAGGAGGGGCCGAGGGGCAUGGCGGCAGGGAGUCUAGAUGGACUUUAGAUUCCGGGGCAUCCUGGCUUUCAUACCAAGGACUGCCCCCCACCAGCCCUGAUAGGUGGACUUCCGUUCUUGAAACUCAGAGCUUUGAGGCCAACCCUGGGGCAAGAUGUGCCCGUCAAGGCAGUGGCUCCACGAGAAACAGAGGCUUAACCAUGAGCUAAAGGACAUUGCUGACAAGGCUGUGCAGCAGGCUCUCCGCUGAGCAUCCCCCCAACACACACACACACACACACACACACACACACACACACACACACACACACACACACACACACACACACACACGGACUCAUGACUGGGGUGAGAAGGGGAUAAUCCAAGCCAGCCAUUUGUACGGAGGUUUUCCAGCCAGGGUUAUCGACUCAGUUAAGUGCUUCGUAAUUGCGCUGCUUCCUCUCCUGUCUCAAGUGUUUUCAGCUCUGGACCAGGAGUUAUUUAUAAGAUCCGUUCCUCUGACUGCCGCAGGAUCCUGCUCCGUCAUGCUGCUGUAUCAGAAACCACCAGGCUCCCAGCGGCCGGGGGAACGAUUGGGUUUGGGCCCUAAGGGCUGCACUUCCUGCACGGCACAGCCCCUGGAGUCUGGGCAGAAAGGGGCCAACGUGUCACUUCUCAUCUGACAUCCAUUCCAUGUGCUUCCCCGGAGCUGGCUCCCUAGGAUGUAUGUGGGCCGUGCCUGUGAGACUCCCUUGGAGAAUUGCCUUAGAACUUGAGUUUCUUGGAAUCUCAGUGCUGGAGAGAUUUCCGCCUCCGUCCUCUCCCUGCCUCCUUGUUUCUUCUGUCCAUCCCUACCACCCACUCCCUCCCUCCCCUCCUUCCUCCCUUCCUCUCCUCCUUCCUUCCUCCCUUCAGCUCCUCCUCCCUCCCUCCCUCCCUCCCUCCCUCCUGUCAAUCCUUCCUUCCUUCCUUCCCUCCCUCCCUCCCUCCCUCCCUCGCUCCCUCCCUCCCUCCCUCCCUCCCUCCUUCCCUCCUUCCUUCCUUCCUUCCUUCCUUCCUUCCUUCCUUCCUUCCUUCCUUCCUUCCUUCCUUCCUUCCUUCCCUCCCUCCCUCGCUCCCUCCCUUCCUCCCUCCCUCCCUCCCUCCCUCCCUCCCUAUCUCCUUCCUUCCUUCCUUCCUUCCUUCCUUCCUUCCUUCCUUCCUUCCUUCCUUCCUUCCUUCCUUCCUUCCUUCCUUCCUUCCUUCCUUCCUUUCUUCCUUCCUUCCUUCCUUCCAUGUUUUCAUCAGCCAGUUCUGCUCUGGUCUGGGGUUGGACUUUUGCAAGACCUGAUGGCAAAUCAAUGUCUGUCACCUGGGGGGUGGGGGAGAGGGGGUUGCAGACAUCAGCCGACUUGGCCCCUCAUGCUGGGAGUCCGAGGAUGAGGAUCCUGACAGCACCCCAGGCACGGACCUUCCCUCCAUCACCCACUUUCACAAGCAGAGCCCUAGGCCAGCUGAGGGACUGGAGAGCUCAGGCCUUCGGGGACUCGGGGCUCCUGACCCAGGGCUGCUUCCUGGCCAAGACUCUUCUUGCCUUGUAUUCCUGGGGGUGAUGUGUGGAGCAGGAACUACAGUGCUCAGGGUGACCUUUCACCUCUGGUCCUGUUCAGGAAAACUGCUCAUGCAAGCAGCCGAGGAGACAGUCACGGCCCCAGGAGGUGGCCAGUCAGGGGCCGUGCACGGUCAUGCUCUCCUGGGCUCUGCUGAGUUCUGCCAGGAGCGAUUCCAGUUGCAUUCUGGUUCUGGCCCCUCAUCUGUCACUCCUGAGCCUAGUUUUUGAGAUCAUGACAUGUCUGAGGCACAUAGGAACCGUUUCUUCCCAGGUCAGGAAAUAGAACUGGCAAGUGACGGGGGGCCAGGACACUCCUGGGUGAAGCCUGCUGUGGACAGAACCUGCUUCCAGAGCCCGCUGGGUCACCGGGUUGCAGAUGGAACAGUGUUGGGGCCUGGGGGCUUGGUCCUGUAGCUGCUGUCAUGGAGUCUGCUCCUACCAGGACCCUGUCACAACGGGCAGGGAGCCUGCUGGUCUUGCCCGUGGCAGUAUGGCUGGGGAGGGUGGCACUUCCUGCCCAUGGGACUGGCUCAAGGAGGGGGUGUGUGUGUCUUAGAACAGCUUCCUGCCACUGCCCUGGGUGUCUGCAUCCUUGACGCUGUCACUCGAGGCUGUGCCGGGAUCUCUGGAGUCUGGACAUUCUCUCUGCUCGGGGCGGGCUUGGUGGCAUGUGGAUCUAAGCCAUAGACACGACUUGCUAUUAAAGUAGCUACGAUGUCCUGCACUUGGUGUCAGGUCCUCUGA